AUGUUAGAAUUAUCUCCACGUCCAUCAUCAUCAUCAACAGUAGGUAUUUCAAGACUAAUAGGUCAAGAAGAUGAGAGUCUCGAAUUAAAUCCUUCAAAUGUAGUAAAUAAUUCCAGCAACAUUGACGUAACUAGUGGUGAACACUUAACCAAUCAUUUAUAUCAGUCAAAUGGUGAUUUACGAAAUUCUCAUGGAAAGAGUAGAACGCUUAAAAUGAUUUUGUUAACUCAAAGUAUUGCUGC